UAAUAUUACUCUUUGUAGUGAGUAGUGGCCAAAGUAUUCCAUCUCCCAAAGCUUAGUUUGAGUUUGUGUCUCCUCAUCAUGGGAAUUCAGAAACCGGCAUGGUUGGAUGCGCUAUACGCGGAAAAGUUCUUCGUGGGAUGUUCUUACCACGAGACGGCGAAGAAGAACGAGAGGAACGUGUGUUGUCUUGAUUGUUGCAUAAGCCUUUGUCCUCACUGUGUUCCUUCUCAUAGAUUCCAUAGACUCCUUCAGGUUCGUCGUUAUGUGUAUCAUGACGUUGUUCGGCUUGAAGAUCUUCAGAAACUCAUAGAUUGCUCUAACGUUCAAGCUUAUACAAUAAAUAGUGCAAAAGUUGUGUUCAUUAAGAAGAGACCACAAAAUAGACAAUUCAAAGGAGCUGGCAACUAUUGCACUUCUUGUGACCGAAGUCUUCAAGAACCUUAUAUCCAUUGCUCCUUGGGUUGUAAGGUGGACUUCGUAAUGAAACGUUACAGGGACUUAACCCCAUUCCUAAAGCCAUGUCACACACUAACCCUAGGUCCUGACUACAUCAUCCCACAAGACUUACUAACGGAUGAUGAUGUUGCGGCCUACGAGACUCCUCGAUCAACCGUGUUAGACGGUGAUGAGUCCAUGAGCUGGUCCUCAGCUUCCUCGGAUAACAACAACGCUGGUGCAGCUGCUGCUUAUGCUGCUUAUGCUGCUACUACCACUCAUGUCGUGAGGAAGAAGCGAACCGGGUUCUGUCUAUGUGCCAAAUCGGCUAAUAGUUAUAAAGAAGUGUCGGAGGAUCCUGAUGAUAUCUCCACUUGCAUCAAUCGGCGAAAGGGCAUUCCUCAACGUUCUCCACUAUGUUAACGUACUCUUUUGUUUCUUAAAUUCUUCUUUAUUAGUUUUUUUUCUUCCCACAAUAUAGUCUUAUAUGUUACAUGUAUGGAUUCUUGUCGUGCGGUCUCUCAAAUAAAGUUUAUA